AACGUUUGACGAACCAAAAUUUUCCUCAUUUUAAUCAUUCUUAUCGCACUAGUCAAUGGAGAUGGCUGCAAUUAAAAGUUUUAACGAUCGUGAAGAACAGUUGUUGCGGCAAAUUUCAAGCCUGGACAUACGAAUUGAACAAAUGAAGAAAAUGGCCACUUUGCCGACAAAUGUUCGCGUCAAGGUGGAAGCACUGAAAAAGAACCAACUGGAGCUACUACAGAUAGAAGCGGAUUAUCACCGGAAAGUGUUUGCCGUGGAACAACACUUCCAGCCUAUGUAUAAUGAGUUGUACGAAAAGCGGCGUCAGCUGGUAACUGGAGCCUAUGUCCCGUCCGAAAUGGAGCUUGCUGCCGCACCCGAUGAUGCCGCCGAUCAGUCUAAAGGUAUUCCUGAAUUUUGGCUGACCGUCUUUAGGAUGACCCCUGUACUGCAGUCAAUGAUACGUGCUGUGGACGAGGAACCACUUAAGCGUUUAGUAGACGUUAGGGUAGUUAUAAACGAUGAACCGCAGCCUGGUUUCGAUUUGGUGUUUGAAUUUGAACCGAACGAAUUUUUCAACGAUCGCAUACUGAAGAAAAAAUACAUGAUGAGGUGCGCACCCAACACCGACAAACCGGCCACCUUUAACGGGUAUGAAAUAUUCGACACAAUAGGUCAAACCAUCGAUUGGAAGGACGGGAAGGAUUUAACUAAACUUACAAUGACAGAGGAAAGUGGCUUAAAACGUGAGGUUCCGACUAAUAGUUUCUUCAACUUUUUCGAUCCGAAGAAACUUUUCGAAUCCGAACCGCUUCUGAGCAUAACUCUUCUGGAAACGGACUUCGAAAUUGGAUAUUACAUUAAGGAGCAAGUGGUACCGAGAGCGGUUUUCUUAUUCACAGGAGAAGCAGAGGACGAGCUCGAAAGUGAUGAAACGAGCUCACGCGAUGGAAGUCUAUGUGGUGCUUGCAAACUAAGUGCUCACAGUGAAAAUGAAGCCCAGGAGAAUGAGGAUUCUAAUAAUGUUAUGUAACUUUGCCUGAUAUGUUGUUUUCAGAAUAAAAGCCUUCAGUUCAGUA